CAAUUUAGCUUUGAUAUUGCUGAGAAAGCAGCUCAUGUGUGCCUUGCUCAUCUCUUCACGUAUCAAGAUUUUGACAUGGGAACGCUUGGAUUGGCUUAUGUUGGCUCUCCCAGACCUAACAGUCAUGGUGGCAUUUGUCCUAAAGCUUAUUAUAGUCAAAUUGCAAAGAAGGACAUCUAUCUGAAUAGUGGCUUAACCAGCACCAAAAACUAUGGGAAGACCAUCCUCACAAAGGAGGCUGACCUAGUUACAACGCACGAACUCGGACAUAACUUUGGAGCAGAGCAUGAUCCCGAUAGUCUGCCAGAGUGUGCCCCCACUGAAGACCAAGGAGGGAAAUAUGUUAUGUAUCCAAUUGCUGUCAGUGGAGAUCAUGAAAACAAUAAGAUGUUCUCAAGCUGCAGCAAAAAAUCCAUCCAUAGGACCAUAGAGAUCAAGGCCCAGGAAUGCUUCAAAGAGCGCAACAACAAAGUGUGCGGGAACUCCAGGGUGGAUGAAGGGGAGGAAUGCGAUCCUGGCCUCUUAUACCAACAGGCUGAUCCCUGCUGCUCUGCAGACUGUAAACUGAAAGACGGUGCCAAAUGCAGUGAUCGGAACAGCCCCUGCUGUAAAGGCUGCCAGUUUGAAAGUGCACAGAAGAAAUGCCAAGAAGCCAUAAAUGCUACUUGUAAAGGAGAGUCUUUUUGCACUGGGAACAGCAGCGAGUGCCCCCCUCCAGGGAAUGCUCCAGAUGACACAGUCUGCGUGGACAUGGGGAAGUGCAAGGAUGGGGAGUGCGUCCCUUUCUGCGAGAGGGAGAAGAACCUACGGUCGUGUGCGUGCAACGAAACGGAUAAUUCCUGCAAGGUAUGCUGCCGGGACGAGCAGGAUAGGUGCAUACCGUACGUCGAUGCUAAUGACCAGUUCCUGUUCCUGCGCAAGGGGAAGCCUUGCACUGUGGGCUUCUGCGAUACAAAUGGUAAAUGCGAGAAGCAAGUACAGGAUGUAAUUGAACGAUUUUGGGAUUUCAUAGACCAACUCAGCAUCAAUACUUUCGGGAAGUUCCUAGCGGAUAAUAUAGUGGGCUCUGUGCUUGUCUUCUCCUUACUUUUUUGGAUUCCUCUCAGCAUCCUUGUGCAUUGUGUGGACAAGAAAUUGGACAAGCAGUAUGAGGAGAACACAAAGUCCCUGUUUUGCCCCAGUAACGUGGAGAUGCUCAGCAGCCUGGACUCUGCCUCCGUUCGAAUCAUCNGCCCAAAGCGAAAAGCCGGCCCCCAGCCGCUGCAGCCCAUCACAGCCGUGCCCGCUGUCACUGCGGCACCGAAACAGGACCACCAAAGAAUGGACACUAUUCAGGAGGACCCAAGCACUGACUCUCACAUUGACGAGGACGGGUUUGAGAAGGACCCUUUCCCAAAUAGCAGCUCGGCCGCCAAAUCUUUUGAGGACUUGACAGACCAUCCUGUCAUUAGGAGUGAGAAAGCUUCGUCCUUUAAACUACAGCGCCAGAACCGAGUGGACAGCAAAGAAACAGAAUGCUAG